AGGUAGAAGCAUGAUUACUAAAAAGGGUGAAGGAUCUCAAGUUAAAGAAUCGACUGACUCUUCUAGCACUACAAUUGAAGAUGAUGAUGUAAAAGAAGAUAAAAAGGGAAUUGUUGAUCGAAGCACAACUGUCAUAUCAAAAGAGCCUGAAGAGAUUCGGAUAGUGUGCCCAGCGAAGACAUGUCAACAAUUGUCAUCGAACUCGCAAUGCUCUGCCGCAGGUAUGUAGACUAGUUUUAUGAAUUUUAACAUAAUAUAUAAUCUAAAAAUCUGCACAUGUUAAAAAAAAAAAUUUUAAAUAUGAAAUGAAUACCACCUCAAAAUUAAAAAAUCACGUUUCCUAAUGCAUGACAAAAUCCAAGCACUUAAAAUUAGUCAUAGUCAAGUUUGCUAAAAACGCAUGAAUUGAUAUUCAGUUUUGUAUAUAAUUACUCGAAUGCAUUAAAUUAUGUGAACUAAAGCGGAGUGCAUUUGGUAGCUGUAGCGAUUUUUACAAUACAGAUAAGUCAUGUCUAUAAUACAAUAUUAUAAAUAUAAUAAAGUAUAUAUGUUCGUUUCAAUUUUUUUGUAAGUUAUAUUGUUUUGGUUGUGAUAAAACA